AUUUCCCAGGGCCGAGCGGAGCAGCUGAGAGGCGUGUGUAGGUAGAAGCGCGGAGCAGCCGAGGAGGGGUGAGUGCAAGGGGCCUUUUCUUCCGCCAGGGUCUUCUUGAGCAUCAGCGACACCCCCGCGGCUUCUCCUCCAGACUUUCCUGCGCCUUUAUUCUGUCCCUUUGCGCUCCGCGUUGCAAGAUGCGAGCGGCGCGAAUGGGGUCGGAUCCCUGGGCGGUGGGUGGGUCGUUAUGGGGAAAGCGCGUGGAAGGCAUUCGGGACCGAAAUAGUCGCUCGCUUAGCAGGCCGGUCUCGCGGAGAAGCCGAGGCAGGCGCAGCAAUGCCCGGUUUCAAGCACGGGGCUUGGAGGACGCGGCGCCGAUCCCCCCCCCUCCCGCGGUACGAAGCGAAGGGAAAUGCGCACCUAUUGAUACUAGGGGAGAGGUCCGUCAUGCUGGAGAGCAUUAUCGUUAUAUAAUAAAUGCACGGGCUUGUCGUAUAUAAGGCCCUUCCAAGCUCGUUGCUCAUUCCGGCGCAUGGGCAGGGCCAUAGGCGUAGCCUUAAAUAUAAAUCAAUAAUCAAUAAAUCAAUAAAAGUGCUUAACUGAGGCUCUGUCUUCCCCCAACAAAAGCUUGCUGCCCCCUCAAAAAAAAUUCCUGGCUACGCCCAUGGGCAGGGCCCUGGUGGGGAACUGGAUCCACUACAUUUCUGUAUGAUCCGGAUCGGUUGCACUGGGAGUUGGGGGGAAAUAAUGGAAGUCUGUCUCGGUCCCUAGAGGCGGUGGCUUGUCUACUUAGCGAUGGUCUCAGAGGUACUACCUGACUAUUCCUUGCAGUAGGAACCUGUAAUGUGCGCACCUCCUGCCAUUUAUUCUCCUCAGGUGGGGAAACGUUAUUGUAGAGAAAAUGGUAUGUAAAGGUAUUGGCAAAUGAAAUUUAACAUGAGGAAAGAGGGGAGAUGUAAAAUAGCAUCCUACAUUUCACAAGGUUACACGAAGGUGCUGCAGACCCAACCUGGUGUGACCCAACCCUACUUGCUUGUGGAAAGUUUGCUGCCUACUGAGGAAUAUGUAUGGGUGUGGCCAAUGGCUGAUUUUUCAUCUGGGCCUCUAGAGCAGAGCUUUCCAGACUUUCCAUGUUGGUGACAUGGAAUUAAGUUUUACUAGCAUACCAGAGGUUAAACCUUUUCCAGCCCUGGCAGGAGCGCCCUGAGCAUUCGCGCAACACACCUACACACUGCAGCCCACACACUAACAUGUCGGAGCACCUCUUCCGUUGGAGAGGAAUUCAUCCUGUUUUGUUAUUACUUCAAAGUGAACUGUUGUGUGGGGAAAUGGCAACCAAAAAAGGGAAUGAGCUGCAUUGCUGAGUUCAAUUCUGGUCCAGUCUGUAGGCACCGUGAAAGCAAAACUGGAGGAAGGAAACUUUGGCCAAGAAGCUUUGACUGAGGUGUCAGACAGGCAGAAAUGUUUUGUUAGAAGCAUAAAUACUGACAAGACCGCAGUCCAGAUAAGAGGGUACACCAGUUUUAAGAAGAAAAGAGCUUUGUUACUCCGUGCAGCUAGCGGUGCUGGGUGAUAAGGUUUGAUACCACAUCAAGCCCAUAAAUAACGGAAACCGUUUUUGCAGUUUUCUCGUCUUGUCACUGCUACAGAAUGAAUUUUAGUUGAGUGUAAAAGAGAGAAUUAAAGCAACAAGUCAUCAAACCGGAAACGGUUUUUUGGAUGUUUGGGAACAGAGUAGUCUUAUUUUUAUCCUCUGGAUUCAAUCUUAGUUUCAUUGUUUUCACACAAAGUUUUUCCUGAUGUCUUUUGUGCUGUGGUAUAUUUUGUCUACAGAGGAAAAACAUCGCUUUCAGAUUCCAUUCUUGCUGCUAGUAAAGAAACAUUUUUCUUUGAUUUUCACCUGGGCUAAUCCUCAGUUUUGAAUUUCCUGGAUCCUAUAUAUUGGCUGUGAAUCCAAGAACUAAGGAGCUUGUUUCCAUUCCUGGGUUUCCAUUGGUAGAUACGUUCUUCUCAAGCCAGAAGGCCAAGUAGUUAGGACAACUAGGCUUAUGCAAUAAGCUUUUACUAGUGGUGUUUAGGUGGGGUGUUUAAACUGGUGGAGUUUAGGUGGUCCAAUAUAGUAUUCAGCAAUGGUUAAAUAAGUUGUACUUGAUUACAGUACAUGAGAUUAUAAUUUUGUACAUAACAGCCACUUUGUAUUUUCCUUACCCGAAGAUUCAUCCAUAUAUGAUGUGCUAUUAGAUUUCUUUGGUCAGAGGAGGUUGGUCCAUGAGGGCAAAUGGGGCACUACCCCAACUUCAGUCAACGCUCACCUGCCUCUUUACUUAGAACCAGCCCAGAGGGUGGCACUGGCUAUCCAUUUCCACCUCCUCAAUGUUGGCAUUGUAGCCUGAUGAGGGUGGGGGACAAGCCAAGACUUAGUUGUCUCCACCUGUCUCUGACUCUGGCUCGAACUACAAUUGGUCUCCUUACAUUCUGCCCCUAUGGUAACAUAGGAUAGUGCAUAUAGAAAAUGGGUGACAUGCCAGUCCUCAUAUUUUUUUUUGCACCACACAUUUUCAGUGUUACCAGAUUUGCGCAAGACUGCUGUUUUGGCCUUGUCAUUAGUGCUGUUACUUUUUCUUGCUCCAGAACAGCUUGAUUAAACUACGAUUUGCCAAAAGAAAUAGAAUUGUGGCUGCAAAUAAAGUUAUUGGCACCAAAGAGGGAUUGGAGUGGUUGUGCAUCACUGGGUAAAGGGGUCUCAUUAAGGGGUGGCAAUGAGAGUUUGGUGUAGAAAUUGGGAGGAUUUGCCCACAAUUUAAGAGAUGCAAGCAAAUUUCACUCUUGUGUAAGACCUCUGUUAAGCAAACAGAAAUGGGUGUUGCGCCCCACAAAAAAAGCACAUGCCUCCAUUUUGCUCAUUGUGAGGCAUGUUAUCAAAGGCUGGUGACAUUUGCUUUUGUGGUAUUGUGCAGGUUGGUUGGUUGGUUGCUGUAGUGGAAGUCUGCACAAGGUUUUCCACUAACACAAUUGGGCUUGCCUCUCUUCCCCCCACAAAAUGCUCUGAAAUUGGCUCUGGUGGGGGUUCGGAGGAUUCCAGAACAGCUCAAGGAUGGGAGGAGAUAGGGGAUUGUUCCAUCUGGCAAGUUGAAAAGAUUCUGCUGACAACAGUUGCCAUAGUGCUACAUUGAAUUGUUGCUUCAGAACAUCCAGCACCAACCAAACUGUGUUUUUGCUUUAUAGGCUAAGGCUGGAAAAAUAAUAACUGGAAGAUGAAGACUCUUGUUACCACCGUUUUGAUCGCCACGUUUGUUCUGACUUUGUUCAGCCACUUUGGUAAGUAUGCAAGUGCACUAUUAAAAAUAGUGUGAACUUAGAGCAAGGCACUGAGCAGAGGAGGUGGGCUUCACAAAAAGGGGUUCAGGGGCUGGGAGAGAAAUGUGGACUUGAACAGAUGUUGCUGGUAUUUCCCCUAAAGAGUAAUAGAUAUGGGGGGCGGUUUCUGGUGGGCUAUGAUUCUAGUAGGCCAAGGAGGACUUGCUUAAUUUUGACUCCUGGAGGCAAACCUACUGGGAUGUGGUAGGUUCUUCCUUUGUAGGUAGGUAGUUCUUCUGAGAUGCCAGCCACUGCUUAUGGCUCAUAGCUUAAUCUAUACUUGUGAUAUUAUACUUGCGGUAUUGCUGUUGAAACUGGUUUGUGCUGACUCCAGCUGUAUUGUAGUCAGAUCUUCUAGAAUUGAAUUGGGAACUCUAGAACAGACUUCUUCAUAUGGCUCUUUUGCAUACAUACUAGAUUAUACUUGGUUCCCUCAAUGAGAAAAGCCUUGCAUUAAUGCCACAAACUAUUUUUAUUUAUUUGGUUCAAAUUUAUAACUCCUUUUUUCCUUUCCAUGGGAAACCUGUGAUGACACACAAUAAAAUUACAUAAAGUUGUUCAAAACAACAUUAGAAUACAAUGAUACAGGCAGGGAUGUUCCUCCAGAGGUAGUUGGACUCCACAUCUCAUAUAUUUUGCCUAUGCUGACAGGACUGAUGGGUUUUGAAGUCCAGUAAUCUCUGGAGAGGGAUGCGGGUGGCGCUGUGGGUUAAACCACAGAGCCUAGGGCUUGCCGAUCAGAAGGUCGGCGGUUCGAAUCCCCCGGACGCCCAUUGCUCUGUCCCAGCUCCUGCCAACCUAGCAGUUUGAAAGCACGUCAAAGUGCAAGUAGAUAAAUAGGUACUGCUCCGGCGGGAAGGUAAACGGUGUUUCCGUGCAUUGCUCUGGUUCACCAGAAGUGGCUUAGUCAUGCUGGCCACAUGACCCGGAAGCUGUACGCCUGCUCCCUCAGCCAAUAAAGUGAGAUAGAUGAGCGCUGGAAACCCCCCCCCCAGUCGGUCACAACUGGACCUAAUGGUCAGGGGUCCCUUUACCUUUACCUUAAUCUCUGGAGGAUUGUAGCUUCCCCUGUUGGAAGGACAACAGAGAUCAUUCAGAGUGCAACUUAAGGAUGAAUUCUAUUGUUACUGUUAAAGUGAACUAGGUGGUGGUGGGGAGUUUUACAUAGCAACCAGGUAAGGUGGCAUGAUCUUUACUAAAGCAGUAUGUGCUCUGAUGAGCUGUGAUAUCUGAUAUGCCUUUGCAGUACGCUUAAACACUUUUAACUUAUCUUUUAAUUAUUUCUACAUCAAUAUUGUAGUUCAAGCUUGUUACCAGGAAUCUAGUUUCAUGAUGGAAGCCUGCAAUAAGACCAUCUUCUAUUCUCCUCCCCUCUUUCAUUUAGGAGCUGCCUUAAAAUGUUAUCAGUGUCUGGAUGGUAUCGGUCCAUGUAAAACGAACGUCACAUGCUCGGGUGGUACUGAUUCUUGCAUAUUGGUAAACUUGGGUAAGUAUGCUACCUUAUCUGAUUCAUGUGUAACUUGUGAUUAAGUACAAUUUUAAAAGAACUAUUUUCUUUACUUCAUUAUGGUCAGCACUUGUAUUUUAUGCAUUUUUUCCUCCCAAAUCACUGAAGUGAGGCCUUUUCUUCAAAUUACCAUAUUUUUCGCUCCAUAGGGCGCACCUGACCAUAGGGCGCACCUAGUUUUUAGAGGAGGAAAACAUGAAAAAAAAUAUUCUGAAUCAAAUGUUGUACUAAACUAUUUAAAGCAGCAAAGCGGGUGGCUCCUGUCCGCUUUGCUGCUUUAAAGCGAGCCUCAGAGGAGGGAAGGAAGGGGAACCAUGGCUUAUCUAAGUCCAGUUAAUAAUGCUGAGCCUGAUUUUAUAUGCAUCUCAAAGCCCUUGACAUAUAUACAUUAUAAUGACAAGCUGAGAUAGGCCUCCUGCAUAGGAGGAGGGGAGGAGAAGAGAGGGAGCCAUCAUAGCUCAAUGGGGAGAGCAUGGAGAAGAUCCCAAGUUCAGUCCUUGAAAGCUUCUCCGGGUAGGGCUGAGGGUGUGUCUCCUGAAACCCAGGUGAGCCUCUGCCCAUCAGUGAAGACAAAACUGAGCUCAAUGGGCUCAGGGGUCCUGACGUGGUACAGGGAAGGUCCCUCUGUUCCUGUUUAAAUUAGCCCUUUCUUCAGAACCAUGGGGACUACAAUAUUAGUUUGUUUUUAAAGGGAACAGCUGUAACCUCAGUGGCUUUGCAAGCAGAACACCACACGUUCAAUCCCCGGCUUCUCCAGGCCUGAAACUCUGGCAAACUGCUACCAGUCAGUGUUGACAUUACUAAGCCAAAUGGAGUAGUGGAUCCAACUCCUUAUAAGGCAGCUUCCUAGGUUCCCAUUUAUGCUUCAGAUCUGGGCGUGAGGCCUGCUGUCACUUUUAGUGUCAAGAGGGUGGUUCUUUGCACAUCUGGAAGAUGACUGUGUCACCUCCCAUCACCCUCUUGAAGGUGCUUUUACAGCUCAGGGGAAAGGGCAGGCAGACGCAGCAUCUGUAAACUGUAGCAUCCUGAAUUAAGGGAGGGAGGGGAAAGAGCUGAUCUUCAGCUUGAAACCAGGACUUGCUCUUUAACCAUGCUGCUCCUCCAGCUGCCAAUGCCAUCCAUGUAACCUGUGUGAAUAUCAAGUGUGGGUUGUGUCCAGGAACCUGGGAGGAUUUCUUUCACAUGAGUGCAUGUUUUUGUCUUUAAAUAAACAGCCCAUGCAAGUUUCCAGCUCUUAUGGCCAUGCCUGGCUGUCUCAGUGGAAAUCUGAGGAGGCUGAGGUGGACUUUCCAGUGGUCAAAGUCUUCCUGCCCGGCAUCUAUUUCCUGCCCUCUUUCCCCACUGAACUCCCGCACCCUGCUUCAAAGCAAGCUACGGAGGGGAUUCCCUCUGCUUUGAAGCAGGAAAGUGGAAGAGGAGCUGCUUACAUGAGUGUAAGCUGCUCCCCUCCCACUUUCCUGCUUCAAAGCGAGCCACGGAGGAGGGAGGGACCAACGGAAUCCCCUUCCCUCCCUCCUCCCCAGCUCAGCUCAGCAGCCGCGGCUCUUGCUGGCUUUACAAUGAGCCGGAAGGAGGGACAGACGGCAGUCCCUCCUCCCGCCUCCCUGUAAACCCAGCCAGAGCCGCAGACACACUCUACGCAGCUCUUGCUUUAAAGGGAGAGCUGCGCAGAGCUUGUCGGCAGCAGCGGCUCUUGCUGGCUUCGCUCCAUAAGACGCACAGACAUUUCCCCUUACUUUUUAAGGGGGGGGAAGUGUGUCCAAUGGAGCGAAAAAUACGGUAUUUUAGGGAUAGGUUGUUGAGGAGAUUGCAUUGGUUUAAAUAUGGCAUUAGGCAAAUUUAAUUGUCCUGCUUCUGACUCUUCUCUCCCCAUCCUCAUUAACAUUCUUCAUUAACUGCUGGUUGUAUAUCUAGCAUUGUACUUUUUUGGGUACAUUUGAUGAUGUGGAAGUCUCUGGGCUGAUUUAAUUAGAUGAAACAUUAAGGGAAGGUGGUAGGGGUCCCUGAGCAUUUUAAAGUUGGGCAAUCCAUGAGAAUGGAUGUAACCUAAUACUUGUAAGUAAAUUAGUUUAUCUUUCUUGCAUUGUACCACAAAAAGUAGAGCUCUCUCCCUGAGACACUGUUCUUGAUAUGGUGAUAGAUUUUUUUGGAACAUGAAAGUGAAUUUAAAAUGUUUUCAUAAUAAAUGCAUAUUAAAAACAAAUGUUGAGUGAUAAAUCAUACAAACUACAUCUUUUGUACUUAAAGAAGUAAAGUAGGUCUUGGAUUCAAUGUGAAAUUAUUGUACACAUUUUCAUUUCCCCUUAAUUUUCUCCUUUGCCCCUGUGCAGAGAAGCAAAUGGGUGUUGGAUGGUUACUUUGGCUUGAUACUAUUGCCUUUGUUACUGGAAUAGGAAGCUGGCUGCUUCUUCAAAUAGCUCUUGUAAAGUAAAAUACCUCAAAUAAGAUUUGGGGGCAAACACAUGGUUUAUUUUUUUCUUUUUAGAUGCUGUCUCUAUAUUUUUAUGACAGUAUUUUAAAAGCCACCUUGCGUGUUUUGAACAGAUAGGCAAUAUUUUUUUAAAUAACUGUAAGGAAGGUAUGGAAGACUUAAAUAGACAUUCUUAAACUCUUCUCCCCCUCCCCCAAUUUUCUUGCUCAGCAGGAAAGCAAACUACUUUCCAUAAAAUCUUGUCUUUGUGUUGUUGUUUUUUAAGGUACUGGAAGAAAUAUCUCUACGUGCUGGAAAUACUCCAACUGUAAAAUUGACUUUAUUGAGAAAGAAUUCAAGACUGGAAACUUCCAUUUUCAUUGCUGCCAAAAAGAUUUGUGUAAUGGCAGCCCAAUUACAGCAGGUAGUAAGAUGGUCCUUGGCUUAACUUCUGUGCUGAUCGCAAUCCAGAUGCUCUGCUUCUGAUCUGGAGUAGGAAAUACUUUGAACAAAAAGAAGUCAUUUCAUACCUAUUGACAAAUAGCCUUGUAAGAGAGAGCACCACACAUUGAGAACAGAGACCGAAUAAAUCAGGGAAAAUGGAAAGUAGAAUAGCAAAACUUGUUUACUACAUUGUAGUCACUGCAUUGUGGGUUUUUCUUUGUGGUGCUUCAUUCUACUUGUAAACUUGUAUCACUUUUGUACACUUAAACUUUUCAUAGCAGAGUUUUUGAAUCUAAUGAAACUGCCAACUUAUUUUUCAUCUUUUCCUAUCUGUAAGGCUUUUAUCUCAAUAAUAAAAGUGUCUACUUGACAUUUGAACUACAUACCCUUUCAUCAUGGGCCUCUGUUUCCAUACCACAACUUGCAACCAGUUGCACCCGUAGAAAGCAUAUUUUUGCUGGCUACUGUCAAAUACACUUACGGUUCCUAUUCUUUCUUCCCAACAUGGCUAUAAGGAAGUAUUUCUAGUGAGGCAUAUUUCACAUGGUGGGUAAGAGUUCAGAAGGUGGUAUUUGGACAGUCCUAAUCUCCACUUCAUCAUAAGUUUCCUCAUGCCAAUGCUUGCAGUAACCUUGUAGUCCAGUGACCCUGAGCAGCGUCUUGUGACAUCCCAUCACGGGUCCGAAUGUAUUAUUGUACUCUAGGAUUAAAUGGGGCAGCAUUUCAGACAAUGUUUUAUCUAGAUCUGCAGCUCACAGAUAAUAUAAUAGACACUCACUGUCUAGUGCCAAUUUUUCUGUGUGUUCUAUUUAACUUGCCUGCCAACAAUCCCUGGAAUCUCAAUUCUGCAGCACAUGUUUAACUUACCCAACAAGCAUGAUGGGAUGUUUUAUAAUUCGCUAUGCAAACAGCAGCUUGGUUGGUGAUGUUUUGUUGCUUUUAUACUUGUUUAUGCACAAUCUUUCACAUGUUUAAAAUAUUUCUAAAACCACAAUGGCACCCUCACUCAAUAAGUGGUGUGCCUUGAUAAGGAUUGCUAAAUUAGUUGAAAUGCUUUCCAACUAUGAGUUCAGAGUAAUGAUGGGGAUGUCACUGGCCAUUUAUUAGUGUCACUGGAUAACAUGAAGGUUACUUGAACAUUGCCCAAUAGUCCCCUGCUCCCAUCUAUGCCAAAGCUGCUAUAGGAAACUGGUUCACCAGAGCUGUCAUGUUUAAAAGUAGGGACCCAUCACAAAUUUUGCACGAGUGGGUAGAUGGAAAUGAAGGUCAUUUUCAAGGUGCCGUGGAUAACAUGUUGCUGCCUGAGACGAAAUAGGCUACCUUUAGGAAACUGCUGCAGCUUGUUUAUUAACCUAUUUGGAUAGGCUUUAAAUCAAAACGAAGGCAAGGAGAUGUGCUAUAAAACAUAACAGAAAUGGAACUCCCAUGUUGAAGGCUAAGGUGUUGUAAAAGCACGCAAUACCGUAAUUAGGGCAGAAACAUGACUCUGGACUUCAGUAUACUUAACAAGGUACCUAAUUUUCAAUAUAAAAUACUAUGGUUUAAAUUGAAGCCCCCAAUUAUACAUGCAAAGUUAUUCAACUCCUCCAUGGUGGUUGGAUCUAUUGCAGCUGGCAAUUCCUUCCUCCUGGAAAAACAACAACAUAAGAUUGUGGAACCCAUCACAAAGAUGUAGCACAGGAGUUGCUGUCUCUGGAAUAUGAGUAGCCCUUUGCUUACAGAUAAGUAUACUUGCUUGCACAAAUAGUUUUAGAUCCAUGCCCCCCUUUAAAAUAUGCCUAAAGCAACUCCUUAUGGUUAAUAGUACAAUAAUGCUCAUGUAUAAACAAACUAUUAUUAACAGCUUGGCUGGUAGCCAGAUUCUACGCCCAGAUUUGUAGGCACAAAUCAUCCUCUAGAAUAAAAUAGUUUACUAGGGGAAAGCUGAUGUCGCCCUUGGGGCGCCUCAGGGUCAAUUUUUAUGGUAGCCCAAAUCUCAGUUGUACGUGUAUAUGUACAGGUAUAUAUCUCAAUUUUAAUUCAGGAGCUACUGCUGCAAACUGCUCCAAUUGUACAUUUUAUCUUUAUGAAUGCUGUCAUUAUUGUGUUAUACAGGCUGGUCUAAAAAUUGUCUAUUAUUAAUUAAAUUUCUAUUCCACCCUUCAUCUGGAGAUCACAUGGAGAUUUGCAAUAGAUUUGCAGUUGGAGUUCACUUAGAAGAGCAUUGUUUUAGGCAACUGCUCUCAAAAAAUACAUCCAUCAUGCAGUUCAGUUAUUCAGACAUCAAUGAUUCAGUCAUUCUCAACCAUUUUUCCAUGGAAUGUUUAACCAAGAGUGUCUGUUAAUGGUUCACUGAGAAUGGCUCACUUCUGUUGGGCUGGUGGAAUUCUACUGGAAAUGUUUACAUAUUUUACUACAAAACACUUGGAAUAAUAUAAAUUCAUUAAUGUUUGCUGAAGUCCUGAAAAAAAAUCAGAGGUAUUAUCAAAUUUCACAAAUGCAUUCCCUGUGUUGCUGCUUAUUGUUCAUCUGGUCAUCUAGUGAAAGAAAAUGGUAUUACCUUCGUGUUAAAAAAGCAGAGUUUUAUUUAUCUCCAGAAGCAAAUGAACUGGCAUGCAUAUAAAACCGGUAAAAAGCAAUCAAUAAAUCUUUGCAUGUAACCUGAUCCUGAAAUUAGUUAUAAUUGCAAGAGAAAACAUCAUUAAACAUUAUAGGCAGGUCUAAAAAAAUAAUUUACCUGAACAAAAAAGCCCUGGGACAACAACUGUGUCCCUUCAAAGUGAACUGCAAAGUAAGGGAGUUGUUAUUGAAAAAGCCCUGUAAUGGGAAUCUGUCUAUCUUAUCCUCCAGGGUAAAGCCUGAGCAGAACCUUAUCAGCUGCUCUUGAAAAGGAUUAAGUGUGGGAUAACCGGCCUCAUACAAUCAUCAUACUUAAGUCUGAUUAAUGCAUGAAGGGGUAAGACCAUAGAGAAAACUAUCUUGCCAGGCUUACCUCACUUUGGGAGCAACUAGGCAAUCAAGCCUAUUGUUUUCUCCCAGUAGCUGAGAAGCUCAGUGUGUGAGGUUUCAGCUGGUUGCUCCAAGGCCAGACCGCAUGGUUCCAACAAGCCACUCUUGAGUUCCUAUACCAAUUAAGUUAGGAAUAUUCACUACUUCAGAACUAAGCCAAGUUUUAUUGCCUGUGCAACAUUUUUUUGAAUGCUGUAUGGAAAAGCACAUGAAUCUGGCCUCUGAUGAGUUUGUAAGCAAACCAUUUUUAAUGUGUUUAUAUCUUAUUGAAAAUAUUUCAAUUAAAUGAAAUAAAGUGAAGAAAUAAAAAAAGGAAUAAGUAAACCAUUUUAAACUUACUGAACUUGUGGUCUUUUUGUAUGCUAAGGGAAGAGGGGAACUUUGGAAGGCACUGAGCAGAGCAUAUUUUAAAGGUCUAACAGCCCAUCUUUCCACAUUUUACUUUGCUGCAUAUUUUGUGAUUUUAAAUCUCUGCUGGGGUUCUCUCACCAAAGAGUACUUGCCCCAAACCUGGAUCUAGGCAUCCAGAAAUUCUUGAGCUCCCAGUAUUUGUUGGGGCAAGCCAUGACUGUUAAAGUGUAUAAUAUGGCUUUAAAUAUAAGAUGUAGGUGUGGCCUUUGUAGAGUCCUCCUUAACCCCUUUCUGUUUUAACAUCCUGAAUGUAAUUUGAUAUCAUUAGCAAACUUGGCCACCUCACUAGGUAAAGGUAAAUGGACCCCUGACCAUUAGGUCCAGUCGUGGCCGACUCUGGCGUUGCGGUGCUCAUCUCGCUGUAUUGGCCGAGGGAGCCGGCGUACAGCUUCCGGGUCAUGUGGCUAGCAUGACUAAACUGCUUCUGGCGAACCACAGCAGCGUACGGAAACGCCAUUUACCUUCCCGCCAGAGCGGUACCUAUUUAUCUACUUGCACUUUGACGUGCUUUCGAACUGCUAGGUUGGCAGGAGCUGGGACCAAGCAAGGGGAGCUCACCCCGUCGCAGGGAUUCGAACUGCCGACCUUCUGAUCGGCAAGUCCUAGGCUCUGUGGUUUAACCCACAGCACCAUCUCACUACUUAACACCAAAUAUAGAUCAUGGGGUGGCCAUGGACGCAGUUUUGAAAGGUAACAGUGACAAAUAGCUGGAAGCAAACAACCAUUUGGGGAGGGGGUGGCUAUGAACACAGCUCAAGAUGACAAAUGGUGUUGGAGGCAACACACAGGUUGCAUUAAGAGGCUGAGAAACAUAGGUGGGGUUUGGGGGGCGUUGACCACUGAUGAAAUUCUGAAAGGUAGUGAUGACCAAGUUGGACUUGAAGCUGUAGCUUCUUGCAGGAUAGCUGGGAAGCUGUUCUGCUUCUCGAUACUCAGCCACACCUGUAGCUUGAGGCAGCUGCCCCAGGAACUGAAGGGGAGGCCCUGGUUUGGUUAAGGUCUUUGUAAGAAGACUUCAGCUCAAGCAAGACACUGAACACCUCCUUGUAAGGAGCACAGGAUUGAGAGGAGAUGCUGUUAGGUAAGGAUUUCUUACCUUCAGACUGGCUGAUGCUCUAGGGAAGUUUAUAUGGUUUCCCCCCAAAGGACCCACAUGAGUCCCUAUAUGCUUUAGCUUACACUAAAGCUUGAGCUUGGUCUAAAAUGAUCUUUAUCACAGAGUCCACCUUAGCUUGGCGGUGGGAGGCAUGUGACCUUCUCCAGUAGUUUUUCCCCAUUCAGAACUGUCAGGUGAGUUCUGGCUGUUUCUUGGCUCUUGAGGAAACAUCCACCAGCUAUCAUGGACCACCAAGAUAUCUUCCUAAUAAAUGGCAUGGACAGGCCUGCCUGCUGGGUUUGGCCAGCAUUCCUGACAACAUACACACACACUCUCAGAAUCAUCCCUCUCUGCAGGAACCUGACCUUAAAGUUGAUAUCUGAAGUUUUCAUUGCAUUUGUGUCGUAAAUCUGCUGGAAUAACUUCCCCAUGGUAGACUGAGCUGUAUUGAUUGAUGGCAACACAGUCUCCCUUUGUAAAGCUUCCUCAGCACUAUGUAUUUCUUCAGAAUUAAUAGAAUCAAUGGUAAAUAAUUCCUCAAUGAAGAAAAUCUGGGUCCAGACUAGCUGUCUCAUUUUCCAUUAUGUUGAAUCUCUGCAGAUGCCACAAUGGCAAGCCAUACGCAAUGUAUUGUAUUGACCUUUCUCAGGCUCUUGUUAUCAAAGCUCAGUCACAACUAAUUAAACCUGGCAUGUGAUGAUUC